CUGGAGCGGAGGUAGUGAGUGCUUUGUGGACACGGCGAAAGAAACACACCGGCAUGGAAGGAAGCAGCUGGAUUGUGAGGCACUGAGUGAGCUCACCUCACCUUGGCACAUUGUUUUGUCCACCUACCAAACCGCAGAGACGAGUGUUUUCACUCUUUUUAUUUUUUAUUUUAAACACUGACCACUCAGCGUGUCCGAGUAGGAGCAUACAUCCUCGCGGGAGCGCACGCCGAGCAGUCCCUGGAUCCCGUAGGGAAUUUUUACAACAGAAACUCUGUUCCUCUCCCAUAAGAAGUGCAUCUUAGAGGAGAGCAUACGCAGCCGGGAAUGAUUUGGAGCUUUUGGACCCUCACCUGGACUUGAUGGAUGAAUGUGGAUGCAGCGACAGGUACCAGCAGAGCCAUCUGAUUGUGUGCCUCCGCAUCCCAUAAAAACUGUCAUUAUAGUUUGAUCGUCUUGAUUAAAAGCUCGCUCAUCGUGCGUCAGCCACAGGUCAUCCAGGACACUUGUCAGCCACAUCCCACCGAAACCGAGGGUUCAGUCAAGGACACUGGGCCUGGACUAGACUUGACUUAAGUAGUCCACAAGGACAUGUACGUGAUACCGAGCUCACAUGCUCCCGACUGACCGACGCUCACCUUUCCACCGGCCGAAGCGCACAUAAAAGUAUACCAACCUCCGAGUCCUCGGUUCCCACUUGUGUGUGUACAUUCAGCAGCAUGGCGGGACUCGCUUGUUGGAAGUAUUACCUCUGGAUUUUUAUCAUGAUGUGUAGAACGGUGCUACUUUCGGCCAAAUCCCUGGAGACCAUCAUUUGGAGCUCCCAAAAUCCCAAGUUUGUGGCUGGCAAAGGCCUGAUUAUCUACCCAGACAUCGGGGACAAGCUGGAUAUCAUCUGUCCCAGAGCCGACCAAGGCCGAGAGUACGAGUACUACAAGCUGUACUUGGUCAAGAAGGAGCAGGCGGAGACCUGCAGCACGGUCCUUGAUCCGAACGUCCUGGUCAAUUGCAAUAAGCCAGAGAAGGACAUCAAGUUCACCAUCAAGUUCCAGGAAUUCAGCCCCAACUACAUGGGCCUGGAAUUCAAGAGGAACGUCAACUACUACAUCACUUCAACCUCCAACGGCACAGUGGAAGGCCUGGAGAAUCGGGAGGGAGGUGUGUGCAAGAGCCGAGCCAUGAAAGUCAUCAUGAAAGUCGGGCAAGUCCCAAAUGCGGCAGUGCCAGAGGAUCCAGAAGAUAAUGCCAUACCGGAGUCCAGUCCUAAUCCGCCAGACCAGGAUCGAGUGGGACCAGAGAUGCCUGGAAACCCUGACACCAUAAACCAGGACCAGUCUGGUUCUUCUGCCAACUCGGACGGCAUCCUGGGCUCCAAAGUGGCCGUGUUUUCUGCCAUUGGAGCGGGCUGCAUCAUCUUCCUGUUGCUCAUCCUCCUCCUGGUCAUUCUGCUCAUCAAGAUGCGCAAGCGUGCCAGGAAAAACAGCCACUCGCAGCCCCGCCCCUCCGCACUGUCACUCAGCACGUUGUCCAAUCCCAAGCUUCCCGGGGGCACUGCUGGCACGGAGCCCAGUGACAUCAUCAUUCCGCUGCGGACAGAGAACAACUACUGCCCUCACUACGAGAAGGUGAGCGGCGACUAUGGCCACCCGGUCUACAUAGUCCAGGAGAUGCCCCCGCAGAGCCCUGCCAACAUCUACUACAAAGUCUGACACUCAGCAGCCUGAUUUAUGUUUUUGGGAGGAACUCUUUGCUUUGCUUUUGGGGACUUGAUUAUUCCUUCAAGCCCGUGUUAUUUCUACCACCUGCUGCACAAAUCUGGAGAGAAGCGCACAGAUGAGAAACCAGUGUCCAGACUGAUGAGAGAGGUUUAUUCUGGGUUGUUUGGAAAUCCCCACCCUUCCUUCCUCCUCCCUUCACCUCCCAGUACAUCUCCCCGCUGUGGUCUGAUGGGGAGGUGGGGGGGUCGGGGGUCGGGGCCGGCGCAAACCAAAAGAUGGAACUUCCUGGUUUGCUGUCCCCUUUAUGGACCAGAUAUACUGUACCCUAAUUGGCUCGCUGGCGCUACAACACUCAAACCUUGCACACUAGCCAAGAACUGUUUGUGCUGCACGUGAAAUACGUGUGUGUGUGUGUGUGUGUGUGUAUGUGUGUGCGCGUGUGUGCGUGCGCGCGUGCACCUGUGUGUCAGUGGGGUGUCAGCUCCAUGCCGGUUCGGGAAACUCUCCAGAUAGCUCAGGUAUCAGACACAGUGUGUGACAUAUUGUGUUCCUCUCCCUUCGCACCUCUGAUAUUUGCCUUACUAUUUUUGAUGGAGGACUUCCUCAACCCUGAUUCAGUUCACAAAGCAGUUGUAUUUUGUUAGACUUUUCCUACAAGUGCACAAUGUAUAGAGUUGAAUAGAUGAUCAUCAUUAUUAUUAUUAUUAUUAUUAUUAUUAUUACUCAUCUCUCCACUCAUGUCAUCCAUUACAGUCAAAACCUGGACUGUUGAUAUCAAAGUGUGUUUUCCCAUAAUACUCCCUCAUCCAUUGGUCGAUUAUGAACUUUGCCAUUGCUGUGGUAUUUAUGACCUACUUAUGUGUGUUUUAGAUGAAUGUGUGUGUGAGUGUGUGUGUGCGUGCGUGCCCAGACCUUGCGCCGAGAAGGACUUAUUUGCUCGGGGGGUUUAGAACAGUGAGUUACUGUAUUGGUAGCUUCAAAAACAAGACAAACUGACAGACAAAAUCCCCUCUGGCCUUCUUGGUUCUAUUUGAAGAUGUCAUUAUUUCUGAUUCAGGGGCUUUAAAAGGCUGCAGACAUGUUGAAAUGUGUUUGGAAAUGGAGUUUCAGAUAGAAGGGAAGGUUGCCCUACAUAGUUUGGCUAUCCUAUAUCCUAUAUUGAAUGGCAAACCACAGAUGGGAUACAGUAUUGUUUGAUGCCAAUUGGCUGCCAUCUGUUGAUGAGUCAGCGGAGUUCACACUAAUAUGUGCCAUCUUCAUGCCCACAUUCACCAGCCGGGAGGAGAAAAUGUUCUUGUGAGUUGUGAGGAAGAUGGUUACGCUUUAGGUAGUUUCAUUUUGACAGUUGUGGUGUGAAUUGGGAAGAAAAAACAGUGGAGGUGUCGAGCCUGCCAGGACACUACAGCUCACUUAUCAGCAGCACCAGGAGCUUGGAUGUGUGUGCACUGCAGAAGGUGUUGAGGCUGGGGGGUGCACAUUUUAAUUGCUUAUAUUUCAAUGUGUGUGUGUGAAUGCUUUCGUGGUCCAGCAGACCUGUUUUGGAACAGGAAAUAGGUGCUGCCAAGGUAAGGAGCAGUCUCACCUAAUGAUGUGUGAGAGAAGAGGACAGCCAUUCCUCAGCAUGCAAGCUGACACACACGUGCACACGCGCACACAUUAAGACUGACAGGUCCAGGUUGAUCUUCAGGUCAGACUGCCGCUUGGUGUUUACUCACCUAUCAUCUGCAGCCACAUCCAUGGAUGUUAGCUGCUGAGUUAAAAGGCAGCCCGGCCGGAGGAGCUUGGGAAAGACUCUUAUGUGUCGUUAACCUCAGAGUUAACAACCUAAACAGCUGCUUGGGCUUUUUGUGGUCCUGUGUUUUAACUCAGCAUGCAGCCCUCAGUGUUCCUCUGCGAAACACAUCGACAUCAAAUAUUUUGCUUUGGGAUCAGUGUGCCCCCACCUUCACCAGCCGAGGGAGUCAUUACCACAAAACCAUAUCUCAUUUUCAUCCAUUCUUCUGACCACUUCUUCAAAUUUGGGGAGAAACCGUAAAAGAGAAAUGUAAAUAUAUGCAUAGAGCCCAGUUUAAGAUGUAAUGUCACCCGAACACUGCUUCUAAGUACAAAAAAAAAAAACGAAAUAAAAUUAGAAUUUUGUAAUGGAGGAUAUUUGUAAAUAGCUGUCUUUUUAAAGUGUUUUGUAUGAAUCCUUCUCGUCUCUGUUUGCAAAAAUAUUUCUAUUUUCAUUUCUUUUCAGAUCAAAGCUAUUCUUGCAACAGAGCUGUCUUUUGUUUGCAGCGUCCAUAGUAUUGUUUUUGUUACUGCAAGUGUUGCAACAACUGGGGUUCAGAGUUUUGAUGUGGCCAUUCAACAUACGUGUGGUUGUCUGCGACACUGAGUGUCUUCGAAAAGGAGACUUCAUUCAUCCCCGUGUUGGACACAGCACUUAAACCCUGCAAAUGAAGUUUUAAAUAUGAGUUAGCCACACUUUCGCCUCCAUUAUAAGUUGCAACAAAAAAAAUGUCCCCGGACGAUGAAUCUUUUGUCGGUUUUAAUAAGUGCACACACACGCACACACACACACACACACACACACACCUACACACACACAUACAUAGGUGCCAUGUAUGACACCAAUAAAUCAUCCGCUUUCCACUACUCAUUAUCUCCUAGGCUGUCCUUUGUUUUACUUUCUGUCAUCCUUUAACUUAGUACACGGAUGUUGCUCGCCAUGAGUCUCGUUAUUGGGUGAAUUCUGCUAUUGUUCAAAGCCACAGUAUUAUUUUUGUUUCAAUGUGCAUGUGUACGCAAAACCUGUUUAAAUUGUUUCCCUGUGUUUGAAUCAUAACUGUCACCUUUUUGUUAUUUUGAUUUUGUUUUAUUUUCUUCUCGCCGCUUCUCAGCAUAACCUAUCGGCACCAGCUACAAUGGAAAUACAACGUUCCACCAGUUUGGAAAAUACCACAUAUUGAUAAAUAAAAACUUUUUUCCCAUGGAA